GGGGCGGGCCACACUCAAAUACGCAACUGAAGCAAACCUUGUAUGAACACUACUACUUCUGGUAUGUUGAAUUUAUAUGUUUACAUAACAUUACUAGUAAAACGUUAAUCGCUAAGUAAGGGACGUUUUUUGCCUAAUUUAAACCGUACGCAGUUGCUGUACGAAAUUGUUGCAUGCAUUGCAUCAUAAUAUGUUGGUGUCAGUAGCAAGCUUGGUUUGUGAGCUAACGUUAGCUUAGCUAUGUUAUGCUAGCAGUUUGCAAUUUAAUUACUUGUUUUUCUGAAGGUUUGGGGAGAUGGCGUUGUCAGCGAUAGAGCCAGGGCUAAGCCCGGGGACAUUACCGACAGAGGAGUCCGUAGUACCAGCUUCUAUAUUCGCACCGGACUGUGGGGAUGACCUUUCCGGGGGAGAGUGCUUCGAAGACGGCGAGAAUGCUAACGGCGAGUCCGAGGAUCAUUUAGACUUUACUAGCAAGGUAGGCCCUGCUCUCGACUCAGCAAAAGCUAGCUACAUGGCAUAUGCAUGCAUGGAUUUCAAUAUUACAUCCACUUUAACAAAUAUAUGUGUUGCAAUUUUUAUGAAAAUGACCAUUUUAUUAUAGCAUUUCAUUUGGUUGAAAUAUGACCGGACACGUAUCAUUUCAAGUGACCAAUAACCACCAAAACAUGCAAUGAUGAAUGAAUGACACGUAUGUAUGUGUCACUCUGUGUAGACACUACAGUUGGCAAAACAACCAAAGAUGAUUUGAACAGAUAACCUAUAUUUAUCUUGCCAAUGUAAUUUAUUUCAAAUAAAAAAGCCUGGAUUAAACUUCAAUAUAUUCAUAAUUGCAUGAUUUCAGUGAAUCAUCAUGCAUGUGCACUUUUACAACUUUGUCAGGCUUGCCAUAAGCUAGGCUACGCCAUUGUAACGUCAACAAACGACCCAGGCCUAACUUCCAGCUGCUUGCUUCAAUAUUUGCAUGCUGUCUGUCUGGCCGUUCUUACAUUGUUUUGUUAAUAUUAUACUGCCCUGUCCUCUACUGGACAUAAACUGUAAUUCCACUGUAAUGUUACAUCUAAUUUACAAAGUAAGAAAAAAGUUAUCAUAUAUGUUAUUGUGAACACAUUUGUCUUAAGUUUCUGUCAAUUUUGAGAACAACCAUAACACCAGUGAAUAAACCUAAAAUAUAUUGUUUCUCUUUCCUAGCUGACUCUGGUCAGCCCCACAGGAGAACAGUAUGACUCGUUACUACGGCAACUCCGAGAGAGGAUGGAUGAAGGAUGUGGGGAGACCAUUUAUGUUGUGGGAGUGGGCUCAGGUGAGAAGGGACAACCUACUUUCCUACCUUAUUUUCUGUCCAUAUACCUAAACCACACAACAGAACAUAGGGUGCUCACGUGCAUCAAAGCUGGGACUGAGAAAUCACUGGCCACUUUAAUAAUGUUUACAUAUCUUGCACUACUCAUCUCAUAUGUAUAUACUGUAUUCUAUUCUAUAAUAUUCUACUGUAUCUUAGUCCAUGCUGCUCUGUCAUUGCUUGUCCAUAUGUACAGUGAGGGAAAAAAGUAUUUGAUCCCUGCUGAUUUUGUACGUUUGCCCACUGACAAAGACAUGAUCAGUCUAUAAUUUUAAUGGUAGGUUUAUUUGAACAAUGAGAUACAGAAUAACAACAAAAAAAUCCAGAAAUACGCAUGUCAAAAAUGUUAUAAAUUGAUUUGCAUUUUAAUGAGGAAAAUAAGUAUUUGACCCCUCUGCAAAACAUGACUUCGUACUUGGUGGCAAAACCCUUGUUGGCAAUCACAGAGGUCAGACGUUUCUUGUAGUUGGCCACCAGGUUUGCACACAUCUCAGGAGGGAUUUUGUUCCACUCCUCUUUGCAGAUUUCCAAGUCAUUAAGGUUUCGAGGCUGACGUUUGGCAACUCAAACCUUCAGCCACUCCAGGACCUUAAUGUGCUUCUUCUUGAGCCACUCCUUUGUUGCCUUGGCCGUGUGUUUUGGGUCAUUGUCAUGCUGGAAUACCCAUCCACAACCCAUUUUCAAUGCCCUGGCUGAGGGAAGGAGGUUCUCACCCAAGAUUUGACGGUACAUGGCCCCGUCCAUCAUCCCUUUGAUGCAGUGAAGUUGUCCUGUCCCCUUAGCAGAAAAACACCCCCAAAGCAUAAUGUUUCCACCUCCAUGUUUAACGGUGUGGACGAUGUUCUUGGGGUCAUAGGCAGCAUUCCUCCUCCUCCAAACACGGCGAGUUGAGUUGAUGCCAAAGAGCUCUAUUUUGGUCUCAUAUGACCACAACACUUUCACCCAGUUCUCCUCUGAAUCAUUCAGAUGUUCAUUGGCAUACUUCAGACGGCCCUGUAUAUGCUUUCUUGAGCAGGGGGACCUUGCGGGCGCUGCAGGAUUUCAGUCCUUCACGGCGUAGUGUGUUACCAAUUGUUUUCUUGGUGACUAUGGUCCCAGCUGCCUUGAGAUCAUUGACAAGAUCCUCCCGUGUAGUUCUGGGCUGAUUCCUCACCGUUUUCAUGAUCAUUGCAACUCCACGAGGUGAGAUCUUGCAGUUAUUUUGUGUUUCUUCCAUUUGCGAAUAAUCGCACCAACUGUUGUCACCUUCUCACCAAGCUGCUUGGCGAUGGUCUUGUAGCCCAUUCCAGCCUUGUGUAGGUUUACAAUCUUGUCCCUGGCAUCCUUGGAGAGCUCUUUGGUCUUGGCCAUGGUGGAGAGUUUGGAAUCUGAUAGAUUGCUUCUGUGGACAGGUGUCUUUUAUACAGGUAACAAGCUGAGAUUAGGAGCACUCCCUUUAAGAGUGUGCUCCUAAUCUCAGCUCGUUACCUGUAUAAAAGACACCUGGGAGACAGAAAUCUUUCUGAUUGAGAGGGGGUCAAAUACUUAUUUCCCUCAUUAAAAUGCAAAUCAAUCAACAUUUUUUACAUGCAUUUUUCUGGAUUUUUGUUGUUGUUAUUCUGUCUCUCACUGUUCAAAUAAAUCUACGAUUAAAAUGAUAGACUGAUCAUUUCUUUGUCAGUGGGCAAACGUACAAAAUCAGCAGGGGAUCAAAUACUUUUUUCCCUCACUGUAUAUAUUCUUAAAUUCCAUUCCUUACUAGAUUUGUGUGUAUUGGGUAUAUGUUGUGAAAUUGUUAGAUAUUACUUGUUAGAUAUUACUGCAAUGUCAGAGCUAGAAGCACAAGCAUUUCGCUACACCCGCAAUAACAUCUGCUAAACACGUGUAUGUGACAAAUAACAUUUGAGUUGAUUUGUAAACAUCUCCAAUAAGAGCACAGAGUUCCCUUUUCUGUUGCAAAAUGUUUUGCUACGGUGACCCCCUACAGAACACAGCCCUGAUGUACCCUUAGCCUAGUCCCAGAUCAGUUGUGCUUUUUGUCAGUUGGUUAAACACAACCAGUCAGGCUAGUGUCAACCCCCUAAGCUGGGCACAGUGCGCAGGUUGACUAGGCUACUGAUAUUGCCUGGGGUUGUUUGGCAUGCAAAAUUACUUGUAGAUCAAUGACUGUCAACAGAGUUAGCCUACAUGCAGUUCAACACUGAAGGAGAGGGCGCAUCAGUUGUCACAAUAUGAGAGGUCUUUUCGGAAGGUAGACAGAAUAUAUUAUAAGCAACAACAACACAAACGAUUUUCUGACUGAUGCAUGCUACAUUUGGAUCAGUUUGGGGUCUGCGGAGCGAUGCACUUGUAUCUUAAACAUUUGAAUCGGGGACCGAUGCUUAUCGGUGAAUGUUACAUCCCUAGCUAGUGUUUUUCAGACUGAACUAACUUGUUUGUCUUGAUUUAACUAUUUUUAAUGGUCAGUUAGCAAGACGACAAGCCUCCACCUUCUCAGCUUCUGCUCCAAUGUUCCUAUAAUUUGCCCAAACAUAAAUUUGAACUGCUAUAGCUACAUUAACUGAUGUAAACUGUAAGUGCAUUCAAGUACACUUUAAGUAGGGCCUUACGUCUGGGUAAAGCCACAAGCAUGGGCAUUCUCAGAGUAAUGGGCAGGGUGGUUCAAGUAUGUGGCUUUCUCUCCCUCUUUCUAUCCCCACCCAUCACUCCUUACUUCCACCAUCUCUCUCCCACUUCUCCCUCUUUCUUCCUUCUUCUCUAUCUCUCUUACACUCCAACUCCCGUUUCUCUCUCAGACGGAGGUGACUAUGGUCUGGACGAGGGGGACAUGGAGGCGUCAGUGGCCACGGUUCAAUCCCUGUGUGAGCAGAUGGAGGCAGACCUGAUCCUGCUGAGAGAACGUAGCGACGCAGGGGGGAAAGUACGAGACUACCUCAUCCGCCGACGGGUCGGAGAGGAGGACUUCCUGGAAGUGAGGUGAGAGGGAGAGGAGAGAGAGAGGGGGAGGGAGGGAGAGAGAGAGCGGUACAUUUGUCACUCAGCCUUUAUUAUUAGGUCUUCUCAGAGGGAGAAGAAGUUGGGGUUUGCUUUCAGGAUCAAAGUGUGCUGCAACGUUUGGUGUUGCACAAAACAGCUCUCCGUGCUCUCUGUCCUCUAACUUCUCUCUCCCCUUCCCAUACAGGGUGGCGGUGGUGGGUAACGUGGAUGCCGGUAAGAGCACCUUGCUGGGGGUGUUGACCCACGGGGAGCUGGACAACGGCAGGGGGUUCGCCAGGCAGAAACUCUUCAGACACAAACACGAGAUGGAAAGUGGCAGGACCAGCAGUGUGGGGAAUGACAUCCUGGGCUUCGACCAGGAGGGACAGGUGCGAGAGAUGACUUAGCAGUGACUUGGGGUUGACUUAGGAGUCACUAAGGACAUUUAGGUUACACAGGGAUGACGUGUAACCUACCUCUCUCGGUCUCUGCUCCUAGGUGGUGAAUAAGCCAGACAAUCACGGGGGCAGUCUGGACUGGACUAAGAUCUGUGAGAGGUCCUCUAAGGUCAUCACCUUUAUAGACCUGGCCGGCCACGAGAAGUACCUCAAAACCACUGUGUUUGGAAUGACCGGACACCUACCAGACUUCUGUAUGCUCAUGGUGAGAGACGGGGAUGGUGUGUUUGUGUUUUUGUUCACACACGGUCAGUUGCUUAUCACCACAGACAUUUACUGUGUCAGUCCUUUGCUAAUCCUUUUUCUCUCUCUCCUCUCGCUCUCCUUCUCUCGCUCUCCUUCUCUCUCGCUCUCUCUCUCUCGCUCUCUCUCUCUCUUCUCGCUCAUCAAUCUCUUCUUCUCGGCUCUCGCUCUCUCUCGCUCUCCUCCUCACUCUCUUGCUCGCUAAUCCUUUUCUCUCUCAUCUCUUCUGCUCUCCUUCUCUCGCUCUCCUUCGCUCUCGCUCUCUCGUCUCCUCGCUUCUCUCUCUCUCUCACAUACUCUCGCUCUCUCUCUCCCUACAUAUCAUCUCUUCUCUCGCUCUCGUCUCUCUCCUCUCUCGCUCUCCUCCUCACUCUCUUGCUCUCGCUCUCCUUCUCUCUCUCUCUCUUCUCUCUCUAUCUAGGUGGGCAGUAAUGCAGGUAUUGUAGGGAUGACUAAGGAGCAUCUAGGUCUGGCUCUAGCCCUGAACGUACCAGUCUUUGUAGUGGUCACCAAGAUAGACAUGUGUCCAGCCAACAUCCUAGCAGGUGAGAGAUGGACUGUGGAACAUGGCCCUGUUCAAAUAAUAAAAAUAUGGUAAUCAUAGUGAAAAUGUACAUUUUUCAACAGAAAUUUGUUUUUUAAUGGUAAAAAUCCAGGUAGUUCCUCCCGUUACAGUCCGUUUGGUGCCUAAUGAAUAUGACCCUGCCAUGUAUACCUGGUGUGUGUGUGUGUGUGUGUAUUCCAGAGACUCUGCAUCUGUUACAGAGGUUACUGAAGUCCCCAGGAUGUAGAAAGAUCCCUGUACUGGUUCAAAACAAAGAUGAUGUCAUUGUCACUGCAUCCAACUUCAGCUCAGAGAGGUAAAUACCAGUGAAGUAACACAGUUUCCAUGUGGUGGUUUUGGUCAUUUACCUGAUUCAUCUGAGCAGUUUACCACCUUGUGUGUAAGAUGGCGCCGACAGGCAUGGCAGCUCUGCUUCUAGCUCCUUAGCAACUUUACAGUGUUUUUUUUUUUAAUGUGUUAUUUCUUACAUUAUUGGCCCAGAUUUUUUUUGGGUGUUAUUACAGACAGGGGAAAUAACUUUUGGAUAUCAGAGCGGCGGUAACUCACCAGCAUUCCGACCAGAAAUACGACUUUCCCAAAUUGCAUCCUUUGUUCGUAACCCCCAAGGCAAUUUACCUUUAUCCCAGAGACUGCUCCAAAACGCCGCCGGUGGAGAAGAGGUAUUUGGAGUGGACUUCUAGUCCGUCUCAGGAGGUGUGCACACCAUCCACCGCUUCCGAGUAUAUUACUCGCUAAUAUCCAGUCCCUGGACAAUAAAGUAGAUGAGCUCAGGGCGAGGAUCUCCUUCCAGAGAGACAUCAGGGACUGUAACAUACUGUGUUUCAUGGAAUCAUGGCUCUCUCCGGAUAUACAGCCCCCGUCCAUACAGCCAGCUGGGAUCUCAGUACAUCGCGCAGACAGGAAUAAGGAACUCUCUGGGAAGAAGAAAGGCGAAGGUGUAUGUUUCAUGAUUUAAGCUACUUAUGGUGGGAUUGUGGUAACGUACAGGAACUCAAGUCCUUUUGUUCACCCGACCUAGAUAACCUCCCAAUCAAAUGCCGACCGUAUUACCUCCCAAGAGAAUUCUCUUUGGUUAUAGUCACAGCCAUGUAUAUUCCCCCUCAAGCCGAUACCACGACGGCCCUCAAGGAACUACACUGGAGUUUGUGUAAACUGGAAACCACAUAUCCUGAGGCCGCAUUUAUUGUAGCUGGGGACUUUAACAAAGCACAUUUCAGGAAUAUGCUGUUGAAGUUCUAUCAACACAUUGCCUGUAGUACUCGCACGUCAAGAACUCUCAACCACUGGUACUCUCCCUUCCGGGAUGGCUACAAGACCCUCCCCUGCCCUCCCUUCGGCAAAUCAGAUCACGACUCUAUUCUGCUCCUCCCUUCCUAUAGGCAGAAACUCAAACAGGAAGUAUCCCGUGCUAAGGUUUAUUCAACGCUGGUCUGACCAAUCGGAAUCCAUGCUUCAAGAUUGUUUUGAUCACGCCGACUGGGAUAUGUUCCGGGUUGCCUCCUGAGAAUAACAUUGACGUAUACACUGACAUGGUGACUGAGUUCAUCAGGAAGUAUAUAGGGGAUGUUGUUCCCACUGUGACUAUUAAAACCUACCCAAACUAAAAACCUUGGAUAGAUGGCAGCAUUUGCGCAAAACUGAAAGCGCGAACCACCGCAUUUAACCAUGGCAAGGUGACUGGGUAUAUGUUUGAAUGCAAACAGUGCAGCUAUGCCCUCCGUAAGGCAAUCAAACAGGCAAAACGUCAGUACAGAGACCGUGGAGUCGCAAUUCAACAGCUCAGACACGAGGCGUAUGUGGCAGGGACUCCAGACAAUCACGGAUUACAAAGGGAAAACCAGCCAUGUCGCGUACACUGACAUCUUGCUCCCGGACAAGUUGAACACCUGCUUCACCCGCUUUGAGAAUAACACAGUGCCAGUGACGCGGCCCGCUCCCGAGGUCUGUGGGCUUUCGUUCUCUGUGGCCAACGUGAGUAAGACAUUGUGUUAACCCUCGCAAGGCUGCUGGCCCGGACGGCAUCACUAGCCGCGACAUAUUCAAUCUCUCCCUAUCCCAGUCUGCUGUCCCCACUUGCUUCAAGAUGUCCAACAUUGUUCCUGUACCCAAAAAAGCAAAGGUAACUGAACUAAAUGACUAUCGCCCCGUAGCACUCACUUCUAUCAUCAUGAAGUGCUUUGAGAGGCUAGUUAAGUAUCAUAUCACCUCCACCUUACCUGACACCCAAGACCCACUUCAAUUUGCAUACCGUCCCAAUAUUUCCACAGACGAUGCAAUCGCCAUCGCACUGCACACUGCCCUAUCCCAUCUGGACAAGAGGAAUCCCUAUUUAAGAAUGCUGUUCAUUGACUACAGCUCAGCCUUCAACACAAUACUUUUACAUUUACGUCAUUUAGCAGACGCUCUUAUCCAGAGCGACUUACAAAUGACCCCUCUGCAAAACAUGACUUAGUACUUGGUGGCAAAACCCUUGUUGGCAAUCACAGAGGUCAGACAUUUCUUGUAGUUGGCCACCAGGUUUGCACACAUCUCAGGAGGGAUUUUGUCCCACUCCUCUUUGCAGAUCUUCUCCAAGUCAUUAAGGUUUCGAGCCUGACGUUUGGCAACUCUAACCUUCAGCUCCCUCCACAGAUUUUCUAUGGGAUUAAGGUCUGGAGACUGGCUAGGCCACUCCAGGACCUUAAUGUGUGUCUUCUUGAGCCACUCCUUUGUUGCCUUGGCCAUGUGUUUUGGGUCAUUGUCAUGCUGGAAUACCCAUCCACAACCCAUUUUCAAUGCCCUGGCCGAGGGAAGGAGGUUCUCACCCAAGAUUUGACGGUACAUGGCCCCGUCCAUCGUCCCUUUGAUGCAGUGAAGUUGUCCUGUCCCCUUAGCAGAAAAACACCCUCAAAGCAUAAUGUUUCCACCUCCAUGUUUGACGGUGGGGAUGGUGUUCUUGGGGUCAUAGGCAGCAUUCCUCCUCCUCCAAACACGGUGAGUUGAGUUGAAGCCAAAGAGCUCUAUUUUGGUCUCCUCUGACCACAACACUUUCACCCAGUUCUCCUCUGAAUCAUUCAGAUGUUCAUUGGCAAACUUCAGACGGCCCUGUAUAUGUGCUUUCUUGAGCAGGGGGACCUUGCGGAUGCUGCAGGAUUUCAGUCCUUCACGGCGUAGUGUGUUACCAAUUGGUUUCUUGGUGACUAUGGUCCUAGCUGCCUUGAGAUCAUUGACAAGAUCCUCCCGUGUAGUUCUGGGCUGAUUCCUCACCGUUUUCAUGAUCAUUGCAACUCCACGAGGUGUGAUCUUGAUCAUUUGCGUAUAAUCGCACCAACUAUUAUAAUAAUAAUAAUAAUAAUAAUAAUAAUAUGGAAUUUAGCAGACGCUUUUAUCCAAAGCGACUUUUUAGGUAUGUCACCUUCUCACCAAGCUGCUUGGCGAUGGUCUUGUAGCCCAUUCCAGCCUUGUGUAGGUCUACAAUCUUGUCCCUGACAUCCUUGGAGAGCUCUUUGGUCUUGGCCAUGGUGGAGAGUUUGGAAUCUGAUUGAUUGCUUCUGUGGACAGGUGUCUUUUAUACAGGUAACAAGCUGAGAUUAGGAGCACUCCCUUUAAGAGUGUGCUCCUAAUCUCAGCUCGUUACCAGUAUAAAAGACACCUGGGAGCUAGAAAUCUUUCUGAUUUAAAUGAUAGACUGAUAAUUUCUUUGUCAGUGGGCAAACGUACAAAAUCAGCAGGGGAUCAAAUACUUUUUUCCCUCACUGUAGACAUGGAAUCACUGGUCACUUUGAUGUUUACAUACAGUUUUAACCACUUCAUAUGUGUAUAUACUGUAUUCUAGUCAAUGCCACUCCGACAUUGCUCAUCCUAAUAUUAAUAUAUUUCUUAAUUCCAUCCUUUUUACUUUGAGAUUUGUGUGUAUUGUUGUGAAAUGUUAGAUAUUACUGCACUGUUGGAGCUAGUAACGCAAGCAUUUCGCUACACCCACAAUAACAUCUGCUAAAUGUGUGUGUGACCAAUACGAUUUGAUUUAUGGGUAACUUUGUUUGUCGCCUUAAUCCUCUAUUAUUUUCCUCCUCUCCUCUCUGUUCCCUCCUCUCCUCCUCCCCUCUCUGUUCCCCCCUCUCUCCUCCUCCCUCUCUGUUCCCCCUCCUCUCCUCCUCCCCUCUCUGUUCCCCCUCCUCUCCUCCUCCUCUCUGUUCCCCCUCCUCUCCUCCUCCCCUCUCUGUUCCCCCUCCUCUCCUCCUCCCCUCUCUGUUCCCCCUCCUCUCCUCCUCCCCUUUCUCUCUGUGUCUCUCCCUAGGAUGUGUCCAAUCUUCCAGGUCUCCAAUGUAACAGGAGAGAACAUGGACCUUCUGAAGAUGUUCCUCAACCUGCUGUCUUCUAAAACCUCCUAUAGAGAAGAUGAGCCUGCCGAGUUCCAGAUCGAUGACACCUACUCAGUACCGGUUAGUACACAGACACAACACACACAACCAUCAACACACACACACACACUCUAAUCAUUGUAGUUUUGAAUGAAGUGUAAAACAACCUGUGUUGUAUUGAUGUGUCCUACCUCUUCUCAGGGUGUGGGAACGGUAGUGUCAGGUACUACGUUACGUGGAUUGAUACGACUGAAUGACACGCUGCUGCUCGGCCCAGACCCCCUGGGCAGUUUCCUCUCCAUCGCUGUCAAAUCUAUCCACCGCAAGAGGAUGCCUGUCAAAGAGGUCCGGGGGGGACAGACCGCCUCCUUCGCGCUCAAAAAGGUGUGUUUUUUUUACACUGCUGAUUGUAAGGCUACGACCGCACAGAGUAACAUUAACAUGAAUGAAAUCAUACAUGCAUUCAUCAGUUGUCUGUUUUUGUGCAUCAAAAGUUAAACUCAAGUCAGCAAUUUUCAAAUGAGUUGCAUAUGCAAAAAGAUGAACAUGUUUUUUAAAUAUUUUUAUGUAUUCUCUCCGUUGACUGUAAUCCAUCAAUGGAUGACUCCCAUUGAAAAAACAUUGCCUCAAUCAGUACAUUUCUGACACAAUCUCUGUCAGGCUGCGGCCUAUGUCCUAACAUUUCUCUCCCUCUUCCUCUGUCUUCCCUUCACCACUCUUCCCCUCCCUCCUUCUCUCUCUUCCAGAUCAAGCGUUCCUCCAUCAGGAAGGGGAUGGUAAUGAUCUCUCCCAGACUAACACCUCAGGCUACCUGGGAGUUCAUGGCUGAGAUACUGGUCCUGCACCACCCCACCACCAUAUCACCACGUUACCAGGCUAUGGGUGAGCGGCUUUCAAACGUCUGGGUGUGUUCAUGGUUGCUUGUAUACUGUGUCGAUGCUCAAUUUCAAAAUGUUUCAACCAUGUUCAUAUUAGGUUUUUGUCCCUCCUACAAUCACACAUAAAUGAGGCUAUGGGACACGUCCACAGUCGCUAUGCCACUGGUAUGUAAAUCGUUGUUUUUCGAACUUUCUCUCCCUCAGUGCACUGUGGCAGCAUCAGACAGACCGCCACCAUUCUGACCAUGAACAGAGACUGUCUACGUACCGGGGACAAGGCCUCAGUCCACUUCAGAUUCAUCAAGACCCCUGAGUACCUCCACACAGACCAGAGACUGGUGUUCAGAGAGGGACGCACCAAGGCUGUGGGCACCAUCACCAAGGUAUGGGGUUAUAACUAGUUAUGAAGGGUUAUAAGGGGUUAUGAUUGGUCAUAGGUUUAUAAAAUGUCAUUGAGGAUGGAGCAUUAAACCCCCUUAGAGAAACAUUUCACAAUGUUGCAAAUUACAAUAACUCAUAGUCUUUUCACUAGCUUUGCCGUGUUUGGUCAAGUGUUCUAAUGGGUUAUGAAGGGCUUAUCCAUUUUUCUAAAGGGUCCCAGACUACCUCCUAACUAACUCUACCUGUACAUGUCUCUCCUCUCCAGCUGCUCCAGUCAGCCACCAAGGCCCAGCAGGCCAAGAUGCAGUCCACUAAGAAGGGCACCACGUCAGCCAAUGAGGAGGGAGGAUCCACUCUGCGUCCCGACAGCCCCAACACAGGACAGCUACCGGUGAGCUACCGGGAGGGAGGGAGGGGCUUAGGCUGAACUCCUGGAGGAGGGAGGGGCUUAGGCUGAUCACCUGGAGGAGGGAGGGGACUACCCUGCGUUCAUAAAAAAGUGGGAAGGUGGCAAUUACCACAUACGACUGGGAAAAAUCCACAUGAUCCAACUGGUAAUUACUAGUGGGAAACUCGUCUAUCAUCCCUGAGCUCUGACUUCUCCCAGAGGCUCAUCUCUGAUGUCACCUACUAAGGAAAUAACCUUGAUAACAGCAUUUUCGGCAGUUAAAUGCAACAACAAAACAUUAUUUAUAAAACCAAUCUAUUAAUGUGGUUUUUGAACACUAUAAUUGGUUUACAAGCAUGAUAGCUUUACUUUUCAAAUCAAAUUUUAUUGGCCACAUGCGCCGAAUACAACAGGUGCAGACAUUACAGUGAAAUGCUUACUUACAGCCCUUAACCAACAGUGCAUUUAUUUUUUUAUUUAAAAAAUGUAAAAUAAAACAACAAAAAAGUGUUGAGGAAAAAAGAGCAGAAGUAAAAUAAAAUAACAGUAGGGAGGCUAUAUAAAUACAGGGGGGUACCGGUACAGAGUCAAUGUGCGGGGGCACCGGCUAGUUGAGGUAGUUGAAGUAAUAUGUACAUGUGGGUAGAGUUAAAGUGACUACGCAUAAAUAAUUAACAGAGUAGCAGCAGCGUAUUAUUUUGUUAGCAAUUAGCCAAUCAUCUUUUCUCAACGCGUUCAAAGCGUGUGAAUGCAUCCAACUGGGAUGUACGACUUCACAACUGGUAAUGAACUCCUUCCCACUUGGUUAUGAACGCAGCAUUAGACAUGAGGAGGGAGGGAAUUAGAUAGAGGGAGGGUCUUGGACAGAACGUACAGAGAUGUAAUGAGUAGAGCUGACAUGAUUCCCAGUUCUGCAUGACAGACAAUCAUAUCUGUUCUACGCAAUAUAUUUCUAGAGAAGGGAGGGGGUUAGAGAGAACAUCCUGGGGUAAGAGGUAAAAUAAUGACUUGCUAGAGGAGUAGGAGGUAAGUUAAACUCUCUGCCUAGCUGCAUUUAAUGUCUUUAGUGUUGAGUGAAUGGUGUGUGUGUGUGUGUGUGUGUGUGUGUGUCGUACCAGCAGCUUUCUUCUCUUUUCCAAUCUGCUGGCUAAUCUCUCUCUUCCGCUGCCCCUCCAUCAUCCCGUUUCACUCCAUUUUUAUCCCUCGCUUUUAUGGUUGUUCAUCACCUUGUCUUUUCACAAUCCCCCUCUCCUCUUUUCAAAAUGUCCUGCCUUUCCUUGACCCUCUCACACUCGUCCGCCAAUGUCCCUCUCUUCCUCUCUCGAUUUCAUUCCACUUACAUAUUCUUUCCUCCUCAUCAUCCCUCUUUCGGUCACUCCUCUCCUCCAUUAUCGUCGGACCCCGUCACUCGUUCCUUUCAUCCCCACCUCCGUCCAUUAAACAUGUCUCCUCCUCCCUAACACUCCCCCCACCGUCACUCUUUCGUUACCCUUCUCGUUCACACUCGCUCUCCCUCCGUCCGUCUUGUGGGCUGUCUGCGUCAGACAGUGGGGGAGGAGGAGACGCUAUGUAAAGACGGCAACAAAGAGAACCAGGUAAACAGUAUGAGGGAGAAAGAGAAACACCAGUGUCAUUUGUCCUGACCAAGUACUGCAAAGACCUUCAUUUAUCCCAACACUAAAGAGUGUUUUCCUGUACAGGCCUGAACUUACUUUGAGUUCUAAAAGUACUAAAAAUGUUAUUUACUUUUUUUUGUAGCCGUUUAGGCCUGCGCUAAUGUCGUGAACAAAAAAAACUAGCUAAAUUGAAUUUUCUAUGAGAAUUUGUCUGUUUUCACAUUCCAAAGUCAAAUAUUCCCUAAAAGUUCGAGGUAGUCAGAAACUGUGUGCCUAGCUUAGCGUUCAGUCAUGUUUGUUCUGUUUUGAUUCUUCUCUUCCAGCCCAAGUCAGGAGGUGGAGGCAGGAGGAGAGGGGGUCAGAGACACAGAGGAAAAGCCCUGAACAGCACAGCAUCACCAACAUCAUCACAACAACACACCCCAGCCGCAGCAGGAGUGGGCACCACUGUCUAACCCCCCCACCAGCUCCUCUUCUCUCUCUUCUCUGCUCCUCCUCUACAUCCUCUCUGCUAUCCUCCUUUUCCUGGUCCCUUUUCUAAUCAUUCUUGUUCCAAUUGGGUGGAAAGGCAUUAAUGUAGCAAAGGAAAGUAAGAAGAGAUGUGAAACAUGCAUUAAUCUUAAAUGAUACAGUAUAACAUGUCCAUCCUAGUUAGAUCACCAUUCUAGAAUAGUUCUAGAACAAUAGUUCUAGAAUGUCUCAAUAUGGCUUCUAUGGCAACUAACAACCAACCGACUGAACCGGCUCCUGGAAUAUAGCAGAAAGAAACAAGGUUUAUUCAAUCUAACAGAAUCUAACAGACAUGGUGUAGUAGUAGAAACAAACAAGGUUUAGUUUUAUUACAGACCGAUUCGUUAUUAGAUUCAUCAUUAUUUAGACAGGAAAGAAAUGGUGUAGUUCAGUCACAGAGGAGAUCUAACCUAUGUCUUAAGGGUUUGUCAUCCAGUCUAAUAACAACUGACUCAAGAUUCAAUCUAACAGACAAUAAAUGGUGUAGUUCACAAGGUUUAGAUGAAAUCUACCAGACCAGACCUGGCAUAGUAGGAAUCAUAAGGUUUAGAUGUGUUAUUAGAUUCAGCAUUAUUUAGACAGGAAAGGAAUAGUGUACUCCACAAGGUUUCGACUCAGUCUAACAGAACAGGAUAAGCGUGGUUCAUACACGAGAUAGGCCUACCUAACCAACCCCAAGCACAAUGUUCACUAGACUGCCAUCUGACUAUACAUAAAACAGAGGUUCCCAAACAUUUGGAUCAGGACACUCACUGUAGGUCAUGGUUUGUUUGAUUUGGCCCUGGCUUUAUUUUAAUACGAAAAACUACAAUUUUGGGGUAAUUUGGGCAUUGAAAAGCUGGUAUAGAGAAACAAUCAUUUAAAUAUGUGUGCCUUUUUUAUGUUUGCCCAAAAAAAAGCGUUAUUGGGAAUGGCAAUAGUGGAAACUAAUAUAAAAGCUUUAUAGUUUAAAUAGUGGAUUUUGGUCUUGGAGAAAUUUAAACGAGCUACAAUGUUCAAAUGGAUGCAAAGUUCGUUCAAAGUUAUUUUGCAGUAAAAACGUUGACGUGUACUGAAAAGCACAGACAGCACAUCUGUUCUAUAAUUAAUUUCAAUAGAAUUGGGAAUCGUUGCUCAGCUACCCUUGUAGCACGUUCUGUGUUGGAUUAUUUAUUUGGCUUUCAUAGAUGAAAGGGUUUGGAAAACCAAAGAAAGCGAAUACGGCUUAAAAGUAUUUCAGGAGGAUUUAGAAGUUUUCCAUGUUAUCCUCAAUACCCUCUCAAGGACAUUGAGCCCAAAAACGCAGGCGGAAUAAUAGUUUUAAGAUGUGUUGUUUUAUUCAGUCUCUAGUCAUGCACACCUUCUAUGAAAUGAUUUGUGUGAGAGGAACUAGGGGUUUUGGGAUUUAGGAUUUAGCUUUGUCCAUUUUUGUGGACAUGUUUCAAAUUGUAAUUUCUUUUUUCUAAGCUUUGAUAUGGUUUUAUCAGGUGGUGUGAGCGUUUUUAUUUUGGGUUUGUAUUGGGACGGGUCUCGGUGGUGGAAGGAUUGCAUUGGUUGUUACCACCAGGUAGAAGUUUAACCUUUAGUACAGAUCUAGGAUCGGUUUAUCCAACCCCAGAUCUUAUCCUGAAGCAUUAGAGGGGGAAACAACUGACCUUAGAUCAGGUUUAAAGGUAACUUAAUUUUAUUUCUUAUCUUUUUUUUAUGAGCUAAUGUUAGUGACUGAUUUUAUUUUUGAAGGGACCGAGCGACACAUUUUAUGUGUGUGCAUCGUAUGUACAAAAAGGAAAGUUGUGCCGAAAGAAAAAGAAAGCCAUUUAACUUAAAACAGUGGUGCCAGUUUGUGUUGUAAAUCCUUUUAAAUAAAGAUGUUUCAGAGUAUCAACA